AUGCCUGGAACAGUAUCAGACGGUCCUUCGGUCUCCUUGAGCUUUGCCAACAACUUUUGGGGUAAAGAUGACGCUGGAGUUGAGCCUCUGCUCUCACGCAUGCAUAAUGCGAAGCAGACUUGUGAUGAGUUGAAGGCAUUUUAUCAAGCUCGCGCGUCACUCGAAGACGAAUAUGCUCGCAAAUUACUUACCCUAUCCCGCAAAGCCUUGGGCUCCCAGGAAGCAGGAACGCUUCGAGCUUCUUUAGAUGUCCUCCGUGGAGAGGUGGAACAAAUGGGAAAGUCACAUCAGAAUAUUGCUGGACAAAUGAAGACGGAAUUGGAGGAGCCGCUGGCGGCAUUUGCUGGUGCAAUGAAGGAACGCAGAAAGAUUGUCCAAGGAGGUAUUGAAAAAUUAUUGAAGGUUAAAGUGCAGCAGACUCAUCUUGUUAAUAAGACUCGCGAUAGAUACGAGCAAGAGUGCUUGAAGAUUAAAGGUUACCUGGCACAGGGUCACAUGGUCAUGGGACAAGAAGAAAGAAAGAACAAGGCAAAGCUGGAGAAGACGCAAAUCAAUCUCGCAACAUCGAACACGGAAUAUGAAAAUGCAGUCAAAGCCUUGGAGGAAACCACAGGCAGGUGGAACCGAGACUGGAAAGCAGCAGCCGACAAAUUUCAAGACCUGGAGGAAGAGAGACUCGAUUUCAUGAAAAGCAGUCUCUGGAGCUUCGCCAACAUUGCCUCGACAGUUUGUGUUAGCGAUGAUGCCUCCUGCGAGAAAGUUCGAUUAGCCCUGGAAAAUUGCGAGUCGGAAUCUUCCGAGGACGAUAAUUAUUCCGUGGCCCAAUUCCAGCGAACAAUCAACCCAGCUUACAGAAGCUCGUCACCACAACCAUCUACAUACGAAUCUCAUCAUGAUCCCGAAUCGAACUUAGUCCGAGACUUAGGCCACGACACAGGGACUCCCCAAAGCCGCGAGGCCACGAUAACACCGCAGAAGGCAGCGACAGAACGAUCCAGACAAACGCAGCUUGAGUAUCAACCUCCUUCGGUUCACGAUGCCUCGACGCCACAGAAGCAAAUUCCAGAUAGAACAAGACAGCAGCCUCAACUUGAUUAUCAACAGCAAUCUUCAAGACGGCCAUUUGAUCAAUCCCAACACGGUCCGUUGGCUGCCGUCCCUCACGAUCCAUACCCUAUGGACGGCAUGACAAUGCUAUGUCGAACAGGCCCUCCUUCAGAUUUGAGUUCCGCCCAUAGUCCCGUGAGACCUUCCAGUCGAGAUUCACAAAGUGAAUACUCUAAUCCAACAUCAUUUUCGAGCCAGGACCCCCAAAGUGGAAAGACUUCGCCUAUCAAACAGGUCGGCCCCCCGGCGGAUAAGCAAAUUUUGAAGAAAAAGAGCGGAUUCUUUCAAGGUCAUAGCCCAUUUAGACGAAAGAGCAACAAGGAAAAGGACUACGGAGCAGCACCCGUGGCGACAUCAAACCGGAAUACAUGGUCAGCGAACCGAAGCAAUAACACUGCCCCAGCUUCUGCCUCGCGAAGAUCACAGUAUGGACAAGGAACUCAAAGUAGGAUGAUCAGUGACGGACCAAGUGUCAGCCCAGAGCCGGUGGACCCUCGUGCCAAUUUCCAAUUGAAUAUUGGAAACAAUGUUUUUGAUGUACAGCAGCCGGGCAAGAAUAAGGGUGCACAGAAUGCUACUCAAGCAGAGGAACUGGAUCCUAUUGCUCAAGCCCUAGCCGAACUGAAGGGUGUCACUAAAGCGUCUUCUAGUCGUGUCUCAGCAGACAACUACCACGGUAUAGCAACGCCAGCACCAGGUUCAACACCAAAUGCUCGACCAGGUGGAACGCAGAUGGCAAGUGGCAGUCAGAUGGGGGGUAUGCGCAGCACCCCACCGCCAUCCUACGAUCAACCUGUUUCCCGCCUAGGACUUCCGCAGCCAGCUUUCACUUCCAAAGCUAUGCAGCAAACACGACAAAAGUAUGAGGACCAAACUCGUAACAUGUUUAGCGCACCACAAGCAAGACCUGGAUCUCAACAUGGUUCACAAUCUCGACCAGGUACAAGAGGUAGCGACAUGCCACGGGCAACAUCGCCUGCCCCUCCGCGCAGUGUUUCGCCUCGUCCUAAUAUGCAAGUGGAUUCUCGGCAAGCAUACCGGUCAGCUUCACCAAAUCCCUAUGGAGGCAGUCAACGGUCACGAACUCAGUCUCAAUCAGCAUCUCCGGUCAAACGUGGAAGUGAACAAAAUGGUUAUUAUCGCCAAAACUCGCCAAACGAAAUCGCUCGCGCUGUAUCUCCAGCACCAUUUCGGGAGCAGGAGAGACCACAUAGUAGUCACGUAGCGUCCGAUAUGGCGGUGCAACUUGCCCCGGCGCCAAGUGACGGGUAUGGUUCCCAAGGCAGAGGAGGUAGUCGAGCUGGCUCUUCUAGGACUAUGAGCUAUUACGGUGGACAAGGCUCUAAUAGUCAGGUUUCUCGACAGCGAAGCAAGAGUGUUGCGGAUGUGCGACAAUAUAAUAGAGAAGGUCGUCCAAUUCUUCAUUUCGCUCGAGCGAUGUACAUGUAUCAAGCCGCCAUCCCCGAGGAACUCAGCUUUGCCAAAGGCGACAUCCUCGCGGUCCUCAGAUUGCAGGAUGAUGGGUGGUGGGAGGCCGAAGUGGCGGGCAAGAAUGGGAGACCGGGUCUCGUGCCUAGCAAUUAUCUUCAGAAUUGCUGA